AUGGUUGCCGGAUUUGUGAUGCAAAUACAUUUAUCAUCUUCAGAUUCGUUAAUAAUCCUGCAAGCCGGUGGAGUAGCGGAGUUACUGCACCGAAACGAGAAUCUUGAUGACAACUCGCAUGACGAUAGACAAAUUGACGAAAACGUGGCGCACUCCGCUCUGGCACUCAUCGACAACGUCGACGAUGGCAUAAUCGUGGUAAUGAAUUUAAUCGAUCCAUGCGAAGCGCCCGGCUAUGCCAGUUUUGCGAACGAUGAACAUGACACACUGGACGUGUCUUCCAGAGUUUCAAAGAUCAAUUCGAAACUGUGGAAACUGGUACUAACGGAAGGACGAACAAAUCCACGAGUUGGACUAUUUGACCUGAAUGCUGCAAUUGUGGAAGCAACACGACGAAUGAAUAUAACCACUCCAUUCGCAUAUCAGCGUGCCAAUUUAACGUCACGAGAAAUCUACAACUACGCGUAUCACGAUCAGUGGUACCCCUCAACAUUUGUACAUCACAAAAUUGCCGAAAAACUGAUUAAAUUUCUGGAAGACCUGUGA